ACUAUAAUUUUUAUCAAAUCGACACCUUCCGAAAAGCGUCGGAAACGCCACCAGUGAUAAAAUUAUUAGACCAGACGAUUCACAAUCAUAAGAAGAGGGAUACCAGCAACGUCACAGUCAGUGCGAAUGUGACGACAUCUUUGUCUGCAACGGAAAAGCCAUCAACGCCCAUCGCAAACUUCAGCAGUCCGGUGACUCAGAAGGUAGUGAGUACGCCACCGAAAUCCGGUCCUGUACUUGCUAGCAGUAAUUUCUCGACUGUUCUGAGAAACACCUUCGCGAAAAAUCUCGGCGAGAAUGGAACCGGCAUUCGCAGAAACGUCACUUCAGUUACUACUGUACUGCCUUUACUUCAUAACAUCAAAAGCAUUGAUGGUGUUAAUGCUACCGACGAUGCCGACGACGACGAAGACGACAAGGAUUUCAGUAUACCAAAAUAUCCUAGUGACAUUGAUACAGAAGAAGGCGGUAGAAAAUUUAACCAAUCCUUGACAAAUCACAAUAUAACUAAUUUGAAAACGGACUCCAAUCAUUUUUACAAUAGUUCAGUUGUGGAUGAUGCUAGCGUAGGACACAUCUACUGGGUUGACAUGACCAAUCGACCAGACGUUAAAGUAAAUGAACUUUUGUCUCAGUCACACAGAAGGGCAGCGACUGUCAAGUUAUCAUUCGAGUUUCCAUUUUAUGGCCAUCUCAUCGAGAACGUAACCAUAGCAACCGGUGGGUUCUUAUAUACAGGAGAUUACGUACACUCUUGGCUGGCAGCAACCCAAUACAUAGCUCCUCUGAUGGCCAAUUUCGACACCAGCUUAUCUAAUGACAGUUUCAUCAAAUAUGUUGACAAUGGAACCGCAUUCACUGUAGAAUGGGAAAAAGUCACCCUUCAGGACAAACCUGAAGACGGCUCUUUCACUUUCCAAGUAACUCUGUUCAAAAACGGUGAUAUCGUUUUUGUGUACAAGCAUGUGCCUUUACUCGUAAAUGAAAUCCAAGAACUCCAUCAUCCUGUGAAAGUUGGAUUAUCAGAUGCGUAUAUAAUGGAUCAAACUGUAUUCUUGGUACGCAGAAAAACAAUCUACGAAUAUGACAGGGUCCACUUCAACAAAACAUAUAUCAAAAACUGGACCACUAUCAUUUUGAAGGCCUUACCCACUUGCCAGGACGCUCACGACUGUAAAACGUGCCUUACUAGAGAACUGACAGUUACUUGUCGCUGGUGUCCAUUGAUGAAUAAAUGUUCAGAAGGAUAUGAUAGACAUCGUCAAAAUUGGGUGGCGUUAGGCUGCGAUAAAAGCAGUUUCAUCAACGAAUCUCUGUGUUCGGUCCAUUCCGAACCUCAUGCGUAUCAACAAGAUGAGCCAAAUUUGUUGAAUCACGAUGUCAAUGAUGGACCUAAGGCUUUGGCUGGAAAUUCUGCCAAGCAGAAAGUUGGCGUAUCUGGAGUACUAGCCAUACUUUUUCUGGUAGCCAUGGUAUCUGGACUUGCGUUUUGGGUCAUUUACGCUUACAGGAAUCCUCACACCACCAGUGGGCAAAUUUUGAUAAGGUACCGACCAAGCCAAUGGAGUUGGAGAAGAGGAGAAGCUAGAUAUACUGCUGCCACCAUUCAUAUGUGAUGUCAUUGAAAAAAUUGUUCUUUUGAAAUGAAAUGAAAAAAAUGAAAAUCAAGUUGUUGCCUUGAUAGUUAUAUUGGAUUUCUGUGAAAAUUCCUUUCAGAACAAACAGAGGUCCUCAACAAGAGUUGUUUGUAUUACUGAUGAAUUGAAUGAUUAUUUUUGAUACAUUUUGUAGGUAUUUUCUCAUUUUAAAGGUCAUCGAAUUAACUUUUCGUUAAACGACUGAAGGGGACAAGUUUUAAACAUCGAAUCACACUAUAAAAUCAUUUCAUUUAAUUUGUUGUCAGUCACAUCUGAAGUGCAUUUCAGCAUGAGUCAUAACAUUCACAUGUGCAGUGACGGGCUAUAAUAAUAGUUUUAUACCAUCAGAGUAUGGGUCUUCUGUGAUAGAAAAAAAAAUUGAUACUUUAACGUCCAAAUUGUGGUUCAAUCAAACUGCUUUUCAGGUGCCUUUACUCAUAAUAUUUAUUGUACAUAUCUAGAUUUUGAUAAUGUUAUUGAUGUAUAUAGGGAAUGUAAGUGAAUUCAACUAUUCUUAUUUUUGUAACCAUUCCGUUAACCAUAUUAGAGUAAACUGGAGAAAUGUUCGAGCAUUCCGAAUAGCUGAACAUCGGAACUGCAGAACUGACUUUGAGUAAUUUGAAAAUCCAGUGGUAUGUCUUAUCCUUAUUAUUAUUAUUUGAUAGUUGAUGCAUUUUACAACCAUGUUUAGAAUAGCAUUGAAAAUUUUAUUAGUAUCUACUUGGAAAUCACUUUUCCUGAUUUCCUUCAAAUUGUUUUAUGUAGAUUUUAAGUUGUGUAGUGUUUUAUAUAUUGGCUCUAUCUUCCUUGAUUCUAACUGAAAAGUGUGUAUGUUUAUUGAGCUUACAAUUGUUUAUAUGUACGUUUAUUGAAUUUUAAAUAUAUUUGAAUUUGAAUCGA